GUUUGUACUUUCUACACAUAUAUAUUGUAUAAUAAUGGCAUGCAAGAAAGAUCCGUUCUCAUGCAAUGUUUUUGGCAAUAUUAAGCCUUCUCAUCUGAGACUAAAAGAAGACAGCGACUUAACCCAUAGUCCCAUAUCAUCGAUCCUCCACACAAAUUGUGUCCCCAAUCUCAUUUUGCUCUUGUUGAUAAACCAUCUUCGUACUGAUCUUUCAAGAAUUCACCCUUCGAAUAACCACAAUGAUAGGUGUCAAAGGAUCGAGAACUAGGUUUUGACCUCUGACGAUUUUUCCCGAUCGAUGACUUAUGCAGCUAUCGUGGAGGGGGCGGUGCCUCCCCCUCCACCGGUAAACAAGGUGUGGACGAUCGGGCAGUGGCGAGGACGACCUCGAGAUCAGACAAAGUGUGGACCUCAAGAUCUACGACCGUUGAAUUUGCGAUCGGACGACUGUCCGGAAGCAAGGCACUUUACCUUGCUCUAAAGCAAGUCGGAGGCUCCGGAUCUGAAUUUUCUGAUUGUAUUUCUCAAUGUGGCCUUAUUGAUAUUCCUGUUGCUGGGUCGAAGUUUACUUGGUCUGGGGUUAGGUCCAAUGGUAGACUAUGGAGUAGAUCAGAUAGAAGUCUGUUUAAUGAAAAAAAUUAGAUGCUUUUGAUCAAGUUUUCAUUUAAAAUCUUGCUCAUUCUCCCCCAGAUCAGUGUCCUAUGAUGGUUCAGUGUAAAAAAACUCAUGGUUAGUGGACCUAGAAGUUUUAAAUUCCAAAAUAUGUGGUUAUCACACUCAUCUUUCCUCAACACAGUUUCUAAAAGCUGGAAUGAAGUUUUUUCAGGUGGAGGUAUGAAGGGUUUAGUCCUUAAACUUCAGAAAUUGAAAAAAGAUUUAAGGAAAUGGAAUACAAAUGUGUUUGGAAAUAUUUUUGAUGAUGUCAAAUUGUGUGAAGAUGAAGUUUCUAAGGCUGAGCAAGAAUUUCAAAAUGAUUCUUUAGAGGUGAAUAGAGAAAACUGGUUUCAUAAAAAAGCAUUACUCUUGUCUAAGUAUAGACUUGAAAGGAUGUUCUGGAAGCAAAAACCACAUAUUAAAUGGUUGAAAGAAGGGGAUUGCAGUAGUCAUUAUUUCCAUUCUCUUGUAAAGAUCAGAAGGAAAAAACAGAUGAUACAUACCAUAAAAGACUCUGAUGGUAGGGAUUGCUCAACUGCUUCUGAAAUCGGGGAGGCCGCAGUUAGCUUUUUUUUGUGAUCUUUAUGCCAUUGAACCUGUGGUAUCAUCUAAUGAUAUUUUGAGUUUAUCCCUGCAAUCAUACGCAGAAGAUGAGGUUAAAGAUGCAGUGUGGGAAUUGAAUCAGAAUGGGGCUCCAGGCCUAGAUGGGUUUUCAGGAAAAGUUUACAAAAUGCUGGUUUUUGUGGGGAACGAUGUGAUUAAGGCUGUGCAAGAAUACUUCCUUGGGGUUCCACCUCAUAGAGGCAUUGCUAGUUCUUUUGUGGUCUUAUACCUAAAGUAGACAAUCCUUCUACUUUUUCUGAUUAUAGACUUGUUUGUUUAUCUAAUGUCACAAGCAAAAUUUGUACAAAAGUUCUAGCUGCCAGAUUAUCUAGGCUUUUGCCUAAAAUUAUCUCUGAAGAGCAGACAAGUUUUGUUAAAGGCAUGGAUAUUUCAAACCAAAUUCUUAUUGCACAAG